AUGUCCGCAGACGCGAGAAAUAUUAUCGCAAAUCUACAACGAUGGGGUACCUGCGAUGUUGCCGACGGUCUUUCAAAGCUCAAAUACCCUAAUGGAGGAUUCCUCGAAGGACUGACUAUGUAUUCACCCGAGUUUCAGGCUGGAGAGACCAAAAUCGUCGGGCAGGCGUUCACUGUCAAAUUUGUUCGCAAGUCGGACGAGGCCGCACCCAAGGUUCAAGGAAACUAUAUUGACAAAAUACCAGCUGGCGCAGUGGUCUUCAUUUCUCAACCCCUCCCGCACAUAAAUGCUGUUUAUGGCGGUCUCAUGACGCUUCGGGCUCAGGCUCUCAACGCAGCCGGUGUUGUGAUCGAUGGACGUGUUCGUGAUCUCGACGAGCACCGUUCUCUUAACUUUCCCCUCUUUGCAAAAUCUGUAGGCACUACCGCUGGAGGGGCAGUAUGCCGCCCGUCGGAAGUCAACGUGCCCGUUCGGCUCAAUUCAGACGUUCAGGAUGUGUGGAUUAAACCCGGCGACUAUAUCAUUGCGGAUCUAAACGGCGUUGUGUGUCUACCUCAGGAGCUUGCUGAGCAGGUCUUGGAAGCUAUUCCAGCUAUUGCUGAAGCAGAUGCAAAGUGCGCAGAAGCUAUCAAGGGAGGCGGCUCCGUGGAGACAGCGUUUAGAGAGUUCCGUGGGCGUUAA